AUUAGAAGAGUGUUAAUACCCGUUCACUGCUGAAGCAUGGAGCUAUUACAGAGCACCAGGACCCUGCUGCUACUCUCACUCAUCCUCCAUCAAACAUCUGCUCACAAUAUAGUAGCGACGUGUGCCAAGACCAAUGACUUGAUGCCUAAAGAAUCAUGGAUAGAAGUUCAGUCCAACCCUUCUCCACUACAUGAUCUUGACCUUCAACUCAUUGGUCAGAGUAGGCCUUUAGACCCUCUUUCCCUGAAAAUAAACUGGUCUAUCAAUAUUGACGGUAGUAUACACAGUAUUACUGGCACAUGGAUAGAAGUCAGUAUACGUUCCCAUACAUCAUCAAGUACAGUGAAGUACAGGUGUGACUACCAACCAGCAUUCACUUCAAAUCAGUGCAACUACACAGGUUUGGAAGAGCUUAGGUUCAGUUUUACUAGCACAGAUGUCCAUAUUGAACCAGAGGGAGUCUACAAAGCCGUUGUCAACAAUUUACCUGCAGGUCCCUCAAACACACAAUCAAAAAGCAAAGAAGUUGCAGCACCUGGAUGUGAAAAUAAACAGAUGAGCACUCAUUCGAUAUGCUCAGAAGAAAAACCAUUGAAAAUCAUAGCAGUGCAUAAGGGGGAUGAAAUAGAGGUCACCUUCGAAUCUCAGGCUGGUUCUCUGGAGUAUGAAAUCCUGCUGAUCAGAGAAGAUGAAAAAUUAAACCACACCAUAGAGAAAACAAGUGGAAAGAUCAGAACUAUCAUCAAGAAAUUUCCCUAUCCUGGACCCUGUGAAAACCUUACAGUAUUGAUAAAACCACAUCUAAAAAAAUGUGGCCGUGUUUGUUCUUGGGAGGAACGUGAUGUAAAAUGCUACGAAAAACCAGAAUUACCGCCUAUAGAAGAUGAAAAUCCAUUUGCGCUGAUUUGUACAGGAUGUGCAGUAGCUCUCAUUUUGAUGCUUAUCUGUUUAUGCGCACUCUUUGGACUGAGGAAGCUCUUAUCUAAACGUGGGCUGAACCCAGUCUUCACUGGACCGGUCAGGGUGCUCAUGGUGUAUCCUGCAGUGGACAGUGUCUUCCAGCAUGCUGUAAUGACCCUGGCUGACUUCCUGCAGAGUCAUAAAGAUCUGAACGUGGUCAUCGACAUGUGGCAACGGGGCAGUCUGGCGGAGCAGGGUCCACUUCGCUGGCUUCACUCACAGGCAGAUCAGGCCGACAAGGUCCUCAUCAUCCUACAAUCACCUCAACAUCAACAGAUUCACACCAGCAUCCACAUCCACACAGAUCACCAAAAACCACAUAUGGUGCCUGGCAUGCCGGAUUACACCGUCCCAGCUUCAGCCCAAGAACUUUACUUUUUGGCCCUGAACCUGGUUGCCAGUAGUGCCCAUGAACCAAAACAUCACCACAAGUUCUGGGUGGUGCAUAUGAACCAGGGUGGAGAGAGGUGCACGGUGCCAGUGCAGCUCAGAGGCUGUAAAACCCUCCGUCUGCCGAGAGAUCUGAACACACUCCACCAGAAACUGUCUUCCAGACAAGGCCAGAAGUGUCGGAGCUGGAGGAUCUGGUCGAUACGCUGCAUCCUGAACUCUAAGAAGGUGAGGCAUGCACUGCUGCAGCUGGACAGGAGCCAAAUAAACCACUCUGAGAGUGAGAAUGCUCAUCUCACUGGUGGAGUGCAGGUCUCGAGUAAAGGUCUGAUUCCCUGACAUGAUGAUGCAUAUGCAUAAUAUAAUCCAAUGAUAUGGAUCAUUCACUGAAACGAGUUUCCCAUCCCCAUAUUUGACAUUGAUCACUUAGUAUAUUUACUGAGACUGAUUACUGGAAUAUUUGUUAGUUGUUUAUGAGAGUGCUGUGCGAUAUGACUAUAAUCGUGGGGACAAUGGAAAAGUUUCCAUCAAGCUACUUCCAUUGUCUCUAUCGUUUCUACAGUAAUUUCAUCAAUUAUUCAUGCAAAUAUAUAAAGUAGGCUACAAUAAAAUGUAUUGGCGUAGUCACUUUGCAUAAACUUGGUUUAUAUAAGUGAUAAUGAAGUAAUCUUCGCAAAAAAAAAAAAAGCUUCAUAAUGUGGUUUUGCGACAUGGCGCUGUUUUGCGUUAUUUGAUGGACACUUUAUAAUACUUUAAUAAUUUUGAAAAAAAUAGCUACUGCAUUUACCUUAUCUGUUUUCAUUUAAAACAUUUAUAUUGCUGCACUAAUAGGUAGUAAUUCUCACUUGUGAAAGUUGGGUUUAAUGUCACUUUGAAAUAAAGUUGGAAAAAAGUAAGCAAUGACAUACUCAAAUGUGGUAUAUCAUGAUCAGACGUUAUGUACAAUUAUGCAAGCAUCACCAUGAAAAACACUUAAAGCAUCAAAAUAGGGCUGGGUUAUAUUGUAAAAAAUGAUAUUAAUUAAUUAAUUAUAUUAAUAAUAAUAAAUUAAUAAUAUUACAACAGAGGUGGAGACAUGCAUUUUAAACAUUAGGGACUUAGCCCAAUUUACAUUCUUAUUAAGCCCAUUUAUUUUCUCAUUUAGGGUGAUCAGUGGUCAGGGUUUAGCUGCGAUAACAAAACAGGUGUUGCCACUAAGUUAGCAAGCUUAGCUAAAGUGAGCUGGACCACGCUGGCUAAUGCAGUCAUGCUACACAUGUUAAAGUGAAGAGUGGAGGAGCAGACGUGUAAUAUCUGAUUACUACAUCGGGCAGAAACGGUAAACGUUUAUGUUCCUAGCAGCUGUCUAUUGGCUAUUUCGAUAUACAGACUUGGCUUAGGAUCUAACGCAGCUAGC